AUGGACGUCGAUCUGGCGAUUUACGUUUUGACUUUACAUGUCUUCGUCCGAGAUGGAACAAUCUACUUCCUCGUCAUCUUCCUCGCGAACUUGAUGAACACCAUAAUUUACUUCACAGCUCCAGAAGACCUAAAAGCCAUCGGCGCCUCGUUCAGCCAACUGAUCACAGCGGCUAUGGUCUCCCGGCUGGUCCUCAACCUCCGCUCUCUCUCCACCUUUGAGCACUUUGACAGCUACAUCCACGAGACGGAGAUCCACGGGCACCACUCGCAGCUGCGGUCGGGGAGGAGUGGGAUUGUGGUUGCAAGAGACAACUUUAUGACGCGGACGUUGAAUGAUUUGGGGGAUGGGGAGGAGGAGGGGGAUUCGUUGGAUGGGCGGGGGAUGGAGUUGGAGGUGAGGGUGGAUAAUGUGGUUUUGAGGACGGUGGAAGGUGGUGGUGGGGAGGGGGAGGGGGAGAAGGCGAGGGUGGAGGUGGUGCAGAUGCCCGUACUACCGGUGCGACGGAGGGAGCCUGUGGGUUCGGACUCGGAUGCAGAGAGGGGAGGGUUGGCGUCGACGUCGACCACGGAAGACAAGGCCCCUGUUGCACUAUGA